AUGAACUUUGAGAGCACUCACUAUACUUCUAAUGAUCCUGUCAAUUUAGGAUUAGAGCAGCUGCGUGAUUCCAGUCUAGAUAUCCUUGAGAAUACUCAUAAUUCCUCUACUGUUAAUGACUCCGGUCGCCAAUUGACUUCGAAGCCUGCAGAUGAAUUAGAUUCUUCAAAACGACUCUUAAAUCCUUCUUCUUUUCCCUAUUCUUCCUCUUUCAUGACGGGAGAACGAUCUAGCUAUCCUAAAAGCCUUACCAGUUCAUAUACUUCUUCUUUGAAUCCUGCCUAUACGACGAAUUCAAGUUCAUCUAAUUUUCCUCGUACUUUCUCUUCCACUUACCAGCAUUAUCCUUCUUUGCUCCGUUCUCCAUAUUAUUCCGGAAACAGAAGCUACAGAAGUGAUAAUAACUUAAGUAUCUAUCCUCAUAUCACUCGACCCCGUGAAAGCUCGGACUUCGUUCGUAAUUAUCAGAAGAGGCCUUUGGAUUCAUAUUAUGCUCAAGAAAACUCAUAUUAUAUCGGCACAAUCAAUAGGCAUGAUCAAUCCGAAGAAGAAAGCGAUAAUGAUACAGAAUUUUCUGAGUCUGGUUACCCGGAAUUUGAUAUUGAUGCAUUUUACAAUGUUCCAAGCAUUUUGUUUAGUGAACUUGAUCUCCAAAACCCCGAAAAACGGGAACGUCUUGAGUGGCAUACGAUGCUGUCUUCUGUGUUAAAAGGCGAUGUCAUGCAAUCCGAAAAGAAGAGAAUGAGUGAUACGAAACAUACUGGAUAUAAUAAACAAAAUAUCAAUGAUAUCUGGCUGGGACUUCAGGCAUGGCUUCACGGCCGAUUAAUCUCAGAUCAGGCUGAAGUUAUCCGGUAUAACCGGGAGAAGGUCGAGUUUGUUUUAAAAGAUGUUAUUAAUUUCGAAGUAAUACCUUUUGAAUUUUGCCAGAAAGCCGCAUUUGAGCAGGUUGCAGACCUCCUUGGUAAAGUGGAAGAAUGUGAAAGUUAUUAUAUUUCUAACCGCGAAAUGGGAGAAGAUGUCCCCUUAUAUGCUUCCAAAAAAUUUAACGAUAAGUUGAAUGCUUUGAUAUCGUGGCGUAAUGUGAAAGAAAAUGUCCAAACGGAGACUGUAAUUCUUCAAAGAUGGGUCGGAAAUGAAUCAUUUGAUCUCACAAGCCAAAUAACUAAUUCACCCUCGUUUGUGGAACGGAUAUUUCGACAAUUUGGUUUACAAAAGACGUUUGAGCAAAGAACGCUGACCACUCUUAAUCGUCUUAUUCAUCAAGCAAAGCAAACCAUUGAGGAAAAUGCUAAACUUUUUGAGGAAAUGAAACUUCCGACAUAUGGUGCUGAGCUAAGAGCUUUGGUGGAUUUUCCAAUUAAACUAGUGGAUGAAGCAUUACGUAUUCGAUUGAUGUACGCCAAGAAAGUCAAAGGAUCUAAUUCAUUCAUGGUGGAUUCUUUAUUAGAUGAUUUCAAAGUUGCUUUAUCGGUUGCUGUACGUGUUAAACUAGAAUAUAUUGACAUAGCAAGUCCGCGUUUAGGUUGGGAUUUACCCCAAGAUGUUGAUGCCUGUUUCAACGACAUCUUGUUGGAAUCUUUAAAGUUUUAUUUUAGGUUGCUUGCUACGAAAUUGAACUCUUGCAAUAAAAGCCUUUACUUUAAAGAAAUAGACUUUCUGGAGAACGAGUGGGCUUUCCUUGAUAACUACGUGGGAUGGAUCGACGGUGGAAUUUACGAAAUGGCUAGCCAUUUUGGUUAUUUAUUAAAUCGUCUUUUAAUGAAUGUGCAUCGACAUCUUGAAGCUCAUCUGAAAGGGCCUGAAGAGCGUUCAACGAUGUCUCUGACGAAUUGGUUCACAACACUUCUAAAGAAUACCCAGGUUCGGUUUCGCAAAAUUCUUAGGUUUUUCGAUGUAUAUAACUCCCGGUUACAAAACUCUGCUGAAUAUAUAGUUCACGACAGUUGUUUGAAUGAGAUGGUUGAUCGUUUGUCUUCAACUGGUCAUUUUUUGACGUAUACGGCCACUUUGGAACGUGAUGGUGUCUUCAUUAUUGCUGAUGCAUCCUUAUUAGAAGCACCGGAAGCAAUUAAAUCUUUAGCUGUGAGUGCAACGAAUAAUGAUUUGGAAUUUACCAAGAAAAAUAAAUCUUACGUUUUGAUUUUGUCUACUAAGCAACCUUUUCUUUGGAAGGGGAGAAUAAUUAACGUUGAUAUUCCAGAUUUUCCCGUUGACUUAAAAAAUAAUCACAUACGGAUUGUUACUUCCAAUGAUGCUAGUCAUCUACAAGAUGCAAAGGCUGUAUUUCAGGAUCUAAAUACGGGUCUGGUGAGUCUUCGCAUAAAUUGUCGAUCUAACAUUGCUCGCGUUUACAAGGAGUAUAUUCGAUUCAACAAGCUUUGUAUUCGCAUCGCGUCUACUGUGCUUGAUAGUGUGAACAGCAUCAGGGAGGCAUGUAAGGGUUUGGAAUGUUCUGAAUUAAUAUAUAGUGCUUUUGCUUUUGCUGCAGAAUUUAGCCAGCGUGGUAUGCGGUUUAUAAAUUUCGACUCCCUAGACAAUCAUUUGCAGAAAAAGACUAUGAAUUUCGCGAUCGAUUGGGUUGCUUUUCUUAGUGAAGAAUGUGAUCCCCUUGAUAGAAAAACAUUCCGCUGGGCUGUUGGUGCAUUGGAGUUUCUAAUGGUCGUAUUACAUGGGACAAAUAUAUUGAUGCUUGAGGACCCCAGUUUUGAGAGAUUGCGUGAUAAGGUUGGUAAAACCAUGUCUUUACUACUAAAUCAUUUUGACAUUCUCGGUGCUAAAUCUAAAACGACUGAUUUUCAUGAGUUAGAAGUUGGCAACAUGAAUGAUUCCUCAAGAAGAUACCUGAACUAUGGUAAUGUUGAAGAGGAUGAAACCAUUACGGUUUUGCAAAAGGAAAUGAUGCAGCGAAUUGAAGAGAUUGAUGCUGCACGGAAUGCAAAACUACAUGAGCGAUUAGCAAUUGGCCAUGUACUCGAUGUCUCCGUAUACCGAAACAGAGAUUUCAUAAAACUAGCUUCGUCUUUAUCCAACAUUACAAUUCGUUGGCAACAAGGACAGUUUGUUAAAAGCGGGAUGUUCGGCGACGUGUACAGUGGUGUAAACCUUGAUACAGGUGAUCUUUUAGCCGUUAAGGAAAUAAAAAUUCUAGAUAGUCGAUCUCUUAAGAGUACUGUUGACCAGAUUCAUAACGAGAUGACUGUGUUAGAAAAACUUAAUCAUCCGAACAUAGUUUCGUAUUAUGGUGUGGAGGUUCAUAGAGAAAAGGUCUACAUUUUUAUGGAACUAUGUCAAGGAGGAUCCUUGGCAGAUUUGCUUUCUCAUGGCCGGAUAGAAGAUGAGGCAGUCGUUGGCACAUAUGUUUUACAGUUACUGGAAGCUCUCUGUUAUAUGCAUUCACGGAACGUUUUGCAUCGUGAUAUAAAACCGGGUAAUCUUUUGCUGGAUAGGAAUGGGAAUAUUAAAUUUAGUGACUUUGGUUCAGCACUUUAUGUACCUCCUCCGGAAGAAUCUACUGCGCGUCUCGAAGAUAUACAGCUUGAGAUGCAUAGUUUGGCCGGUACUCCUAUGUACACAGCCCCAGAGAUUAUCGUAGGAACUAAGAAAGGAAGGUUUGGUUCUAUGGACAUAUGGGGACUCGGAUGUGUGGUCUUGGAAAUGCUGGCUGGAUGCACACCUUGGAACCAAAUGGAUAAUGAAUGGGCGAUUAUGUACCAUAUCGCGGUAAUGCAUACUCCCACGAUUCCUUCAAGCUAUCAAAUAACUAGUCUUGCCAGGGACUUUUUAGAACGCUGUUUUGAGUGUGAUCCAGAAAAACGCCCUACAGCUCUUGAAUUGUAUUUACAUCCUUGGGUUACCAAGUUACGUGAAAAGAUAAGAGUUGAAAUCCCUGUUGAAAUGCAGGAGCUCAUAAAUACGCAUAAUGAGUUGGCUUUGGAGGAUGAACGUAAGAAGAAGCUGAAUGAAAUAUUACAUGCAGAAAAUGAUGAAAAUAUGAAGACCGUUGAAAAUGAUAUUCCAUCAAUGCCUCCUUAUUCCUUGAACGACGUUAUAGACGGAUUGGAUGUGGUCAAGUUGGAGGAUGAACGUCAAAGAUCACCUUUUUCUGAUACAGAAUCCGCUUUUUAG